AUGGGCCCAUCGAUUUGGAUACCCUGUGCAACCUCGAAACAGGGUGAAGGCGUGAGCUGGUCUCACAUACAGCCAUCACUCCGCAGCGCGCCAUGCGACACUCUCAUCAUCUUGAAUUGCUGCUUUGCGGCAAAUGCUGUCUUGGGUGGCAUGAAGGGCACCAACGAGAUUCUCGCAGCCUCAGACCGCCAUAGUUAUGCAUACACACGCGAAGGCUCUUUUCUGAGAGCGCUGAUUGAAGUCCUAGCGAAAUUAAAGGAUACCAGGUCCAGCUUGACAAUCAACAUGCUAAGAGAUCGACUCGAUGAUUACAAUAAAAUCGACAGAGAGAAGGGGACAAGAAUUGCUUCACCAUACCACAAAAGAUACCCAAACCUGGAUCAUCCCAGCAUCAAGCUCCAGGCUUUGCUGAACUCAAACACCCCGGUCGAGCGCCCGACAGCCUCGACGCAGAUCCCCUACCCGGCUUCAUUUUAUGUGAAAGUAUCUCUUGACUCUCCUGGCAACGCGUCGUUGGACGAAUGGACUUCGUGUUUUGCGAGCGCAAAUUACCCCAAUGCCAUCAAGGAGUUGUACUUUUAUACUGAGCAGUCCCUGCGGAAUGGGCUGAUGGCAGAUGAUGGUAAAUGA